UCCUCUUCUUCUUGCACCUUCUUGAAAAGCUGAAAUCCACUCUCUCUCUCUCUCUCUCUCUCUCUGUGUCUCACUUCCUUUAAUUCAAACUUGUUUCUCUAUCUAGGCUGUCUUCAUUAUAAGACACUCUCUUUCUAGGUAGAUAGCUCUUCUGGGCAGUGUUUUUACCGCCUAGUCAGAAUGUUUCAAAAAAAAGCUGCCAGCUUUUAACACCAACCCAACCUGUGGAGCUCAAAAAACCAUCCUUUACCCCUUUCUUUAAUCCCCAUUGCAUAUUACAUAUUCACAAGGAGAGGUCUUUCAAUGGAGUUCUUCCAGUUCCGAUGCCACUCAGAUUACAAAACAGAGUGUUAGUUUUAGACCCUGAUUUACUUCGCUGCAAGUUGGGUGUUUAACUGUUAAUCAUGUCCUUUGAUCGUAAGAAAGAGAGGCACAGAAGUAAAAGUUGAUAUCUAGUGACUAGUGGCUACCAAAAACUCCUCACCACGAGUUUUGAGAUCCAAAUACUCAAAACUUCCUUUCCCUUUUCUCAUUCUUCACAACCAGAAACAGUCAUAGACACACUCACAGAGAUAGAGAGGGGGUUUAUUGUUCAAGGAUCCUUUUGUUUGGAGACUGAUAUUGUUCAUGGAUGCUUUUGUUUUGGACUGAUAUUGUUCAAGGAUAACACAAGCUUUCAACUUGCAAGUCCUCGUCUCUUUUCUUCAGCCAAUCUUCUAAGCUCAACAAAUGCCGCGAUCAAGGGGCUCCGAAAUGGUUCAGAGGCCGUCUCCUCGAGGAGCACAUCAGCUCAGGACUUCAAGCUCUGAUUCAGAUCCACUCCAUCAUCGACCAAUCACUGACCGAAGUCCAAAGCUAGGAGAUCGUCGUUCCCCAAGAGGUUCACAAUCUGAUCCACUAAAUCAAAAGAAGCUUGGAACCCGCCUUGCUGAUUUAGAAUCACAACUUGGGCAAGCACAAGAAGAGCUAAGGAUUUUGAAAGAGCAGUUGGCUUCAGCUGAGGCUGCAAAGAAAGAAGCCCAAGAGAAACUGGAAAAGAAAAUUAAGAAACCAGUUGUGACUUCAGAGCCAGUGAAAAUCCAUGAAACGCAUCCCUCAUUGGAGAUUCAAGAUUCUAACAAAACAGACAGUUGUACCUCUGAGGAAGUUCCAGAUGACUGCCAAAGGGAAACUGAUGUUUUCGAAGUCCCUGUGGAACACGUCACAGUUGAGCCCAAGGUUGAACCUAGUGAGACUGAUCAAGUGGAAGAAGAAACCAAACCAGUUGAUAUAUCAGCUGAACCACCAUCAGUUAUGGAACCAGAGAAACUGCUCUUACAUGACCUGGCUUUGAAGAAUGAUGAGAUAAACAUGCUAAGAGCUGAGUUGGAAGAGAAGGCAAAGGAGCUAGAGGUGUUUGGUCAAGAAAAUGAGGGUUUGAAAAAUCAGCUGAAUGAGGCAGCUUUAAAUUUCUCAUCUGCACAGGCAAAGGACAAGGAAAUGACCUUGAAGUUAAGCCAGCUUGAAGAAGAGCUGGAAGCAAGUAAGGCCAGUGCAGGCCAGUUGAAUGAGAAGCUGCAAGCAAUGGAAGGAGCAAAGGAAGCAAAGGAAGCAAUGGACGCUGAGAUGAAGAAGAUGAGAAUACAGACAGAGCAGUGGAGAAAGGCAGCAGAUGCUGCUGCAGCAGUACUUUCGGGGGGUAUGGAGAUGAAUGGGAGGAUUUCUGAGAGGUGUGGCUCCAUGGAUAAGCACUUUGGUGGAGUGUUUGAGCCACCAGCUGGUGGCUAUGCUGGCUUUGUUGGGUCACCUGCUGAUGAUUUGGAUGAUGGAUUUGGUAGUGGGAAACGAAAGGGUUCCGGGAUAAAAAUGUUUGGUGACUUAUGGAAAAAGAAGGGCCAGAGAUAGAGAUACCUUUUUGCGUCUCUUGCCUACACCCAUGCUUAACUUCAAAAAUAUGUUUCUGUUAAUGUGUUUGAUGGUGGCAAAACAGUUCCUUACUGUUUCACAUUCGGUAGGCAGUGUGCUUCAGACUACCGUCUUAGCCAUUGUUUUUCUUAGCAUUUUCGAAGGCUUUGUAUAAUUGUUUGAAAUGAUCUUGACAUGUUUUAUUUCAGUUUAUGAGUAAGGUUUUAGUAACUCUUCGCUAAUAAAUGGGAUAUUUUGUUGUUGCCUUA